AUGCCGCCUUCUGCAUCUACCAGCACACAAAACACUGAAGUUUUAGCAGAAGAAAGUUCUAAAAGCUUGAAACAGAUUCUAGCAGCUACAGACAGAUACGCUUUAGCAUUAGACGAAUCAUGUGACAUUACCGAUACAGCUCAAUUGAUUGUUUAUGUGAGGUUUUUGGACAUUAAAAAAGAACAGUUUGUGGAAGAAUUGUUAACUAUAUUGCCAAUAUCAGGGCAAACACGCGGAGAGGACUUGUACAAUGUUUUAAUGGACUAUUUUGAGAAAGCUGACUUGGAUUUGAAAAAAAUUAUAUCGACAGAUGGUGCUCGUGCGAUGACAGGAAAAAACAAAGGCUUGAUAUAA